AAUGAUUACUUCAAUUUCGUUGUCAUGUAGAAACUACAGUUUACAUUAGUUUUAAGCAUGAAUAAAAGUUACAAUUAAUUAACAAUCCAUAAUUAUGAGUAAAUAACUAUCAACAACUUAUAUAAACAAGUGCUCUCUUUUUUUGGAUUAGUUUUAUUCAGUUGUUGUCAUCAAUAAAAUACAGUUAUAAUUACAAGCGAUCUAAACAAAAUCAAAAAUGAAUAUUGAAAACGCUGCUAUAAAUAUUCUAAAACGAGGCGUAGAAUUAGAUACCAAGAAGAGGUAUACGGAAGCAUUGAUUUGUUAUCAGGAGGGCUUACAAAUACUUGUGGAUAAAAUGAAAGAUGAUAUAGAUGAUGUAACUAAAAAGUAUUUGAGGAAAAAAGUGGAAGAAUAUAUGAACAGGGCGGAGACUAUAAAGAAGUUGGUCUUGAAGCAGAAAGAGACUGGACAGUUCCAUGAACAGAUUCAGAUUGAGAAUAAUUCAACUGGACACAGUUACGCAGCUUUAUUUGGAAGGUUUCUAGAUGAUGAGGUUGAAUAUGUCAUAGUUGAGGAUCCAUAUAUUAGAAGUUUUCAUCAGUGUCAAAACUUUCUUCGCCUCUGUGAAUUACUUGUAAGAAAAUGUUGCAAUUUAAGAAAAAUACAGUUAACAACAACCAAAGACGACAAAUCGGAAGGCAAUCAAAGGAUGUGGUUUUCAAAUUUAUUGCAUGAUCUCAGCCAGUACAAAGUACACCUUAUCAUUAAGUACUCUGAUACUCUACAUGAUAGGCAAAUAAUAUUAAGUUCCGGUUGGAUAAUAAAAAUAGGUAGAGGCUUAGAUUUCUUUAAGGCUCCGGAAAAUAAAUUCUGUCUCGGAAUGUAUGAUAUGGAUUUACGACAGUGCCAUGAAACUACAGUUGACAUUGUUCAUUCAAAAAAUGUUAAACAAUCUUACGGAUAAUAAUAUUCUCGUUUGUAAUGAUAUUCAAAUCUUACAUAAUACAAUAAUUGUUAUAUAAAUGUAUAUUUUUAUAAUCGGAUAAUGAAUUAUUGACUUGUUUCACGAUAUGAAAUGAAAUAAAACGGCAUUCAAUGAGUAA